AUGGGGCCCGCCACGCACGGCGGCGGCGGCGGGGAGCUGCUGCGCGGCGACGGGGGAGCUGCUGCCGGCGGCGACGGGGAGCUGCUGCCCGGCGGCGACGGGAGGCUGCCGGCGGCGACGGGAGCUGCUGCCGGCGGCGGCGACGGGGACGUGUGCAGGCGAGUGUCGGGGGUCGGGUUCCGCGACGGCCUCCGGCUCCGCCGGCACGGGCUCCUCGGGCAAGAAGGCGGGGACGACACGGGCCUCACCAGCGCCGGCGAACCCGCUGCGGCGGUGGGACAGGCCGCCUUGAUGGCGCGCCCAACAGAUGAGACGGUGGAGGAAGCCGUGGCUGCAGGGGCGGCGGCGGUGGCGGUGGAGGGAGAGGACUGGGAGGGAGGGGACGGGGUACGCGAGCGUGUGGUGGUGGACUGGGUGGAGGAAGCAGUCGCGCUACUCUGA